AUGCCGCCAACCUCUAUUCGGGCCGCUCAUGAUCAAUUGAAGACAGGGAGUGAUGCAAUUGGGAGUGGGGUUGAUUCUGCUCAAAAAUUCGAUGCUCAAUUGAAAGAUUCUAGGGUUAUUUCAUCUGAAACCAUUGAUAAAAACCCUAAUUUGGGUUCAGCCGCUGCCGCUACUGUUCCGGCCACUUCCGGGAUUAAUUCCAAUCAGAAUAAUGGUGCCACCACAAACUCGACUUCCGCUGGCGGAAAUGCAAGUGAUCUUGCGGCGUUGUUGUCAUUUAAGUCGAUGAUUAUUUAUGAUCCAUAUGGAGCUCUAACCUCAUGGAACAAUUCCUUUCAUUUCUGUAAUUGGCAUGGUGUGUAUUGUGGGAAGCGACACAAAAGAGUGACUUCUCUAAGACUCGGUUCGACAGGCCUAGAAGGCUCCCUGUCCCCUCAUAUAGGGAACCUCAGCUUCCUCCGUCAACUUUAUCUCCGGAAUAACAGCUUACAAGGGAGCAUUCCUCAUGAACUUGGUCGUCUAUCCAGGCUACGUGUGCUCGAUCUUCAAACAAACAAUAUGAGCGGAUCCAUUUCAACUAACUUGUCUGGCUGCUUUAACCUUGAAGUGCUAAGACUGGCUAGUAAUAUGCUAGUUGGAAACCUACCCAAGGAGAUCAGUUUCCUCUCGAAGCUUACAGUAGUUAUGCUUUUUGAUAAUAGACUGACAGGUGGAAUCCCGCCUUCCUUGGGGAAUAUUACUUCAAUGGAAAGGUUCUCUGCUGCAGGAAAUCCAUUUGGUGGGACCAUUCCAGAGACGUUGGGUCAUUGGAAAAAUUUAGUAGGAGUUGCCUUUGGUGAAUGCAACUUACAUGGAAACAUCCCUCAUUCCAUUUACAAUCUCUCAUUUCUACAAGGUUUACAACUCCCUGGUAAUGACCUUACUGGUCAUCUUCCUCCAACCAUUGGUGAAUUACUCCCUGAUCUUCGAUGGCUCCAGUUAAGGAAUAACAAACUGACUGGACUUCUUCCACCUUCUAUAUCUAAUUGCUCGAAAUUAGAACUACUUGAAAUGUAUAGCAAUAGUUUCAUUGGGAAGUUGACCAUCGACUUUUCAAAACUAGGAAAUCUUGAUACAUUACUCUUAAGUGGUAACGACUUUGGACGUGGAGAAGUGGAUGACGUGAAGUUUAUCGAUUCUUUGAAAAACUGCAGCAACUUAAAGGUGUUGGGGCUUGAAGAGUGCAAGUUUCAAGGAAAGGUUCCAACAUCAAUCGGUAAUCUUUCUCAUCUUCUUAAGCUAGGUUUUGAAGGAAAUCAACUAUAUGGAAACCUCCCUUCAAGUAUAGGUAAUCUUGUAGGCUUGGAACAGCUAUAUAUAGGAGCUAAUCGAUUCUCAGGAAAAAUCCCCUCUACCAUUGGCAUGCUCCAAAACCUAGGGUUUGCUAAAUUAGAUGAAAACCAAUUUUCUGGGCCAAUUCCAGAAGCCAUUGGGAACUUAUCUUCAUUGAUUAAUCUUCGUUUAGGUUCCAAUAGACUAACAGGUCAUAUUCCAACAAGCCUAGGGAAUUGUCGAAAUCUAAUAGAGUUGCACCUUCAUGACAACAAACUCAGUGGCACAAUACCUGAACAACUUUUCCAACUUUCCUCUCUAUCUAUAAUAUUAAACCUUUCUAAUAACAACCUAUUUGGUUCACUUCCAAGUGAGGUUGGAGACCUCAAGAUGCUGACUGCACUAGAUGUAUCCUAUAAUAAUAUAUCAGGUAAUAUUCCAGGUGGGCUUGCAGGUUGCAUAAGUCUUACAUUCUUAUCCCUCAAAGGAAACUUAUUUCAAGGCAUGAUAUCCACAUCAUUAAGUUCCUUGAGAGGAUUGGAGAUACUUGAUGUUUCUCAAAAUGAUCUAUCAGGCCGAAUUCCUGAAUUCUUAGAAGGUUUUUCGGGACAAUUUCUGAAUUUAUCUUUUAAUGAUUUCGAGGGUAAUGUACCAAUGGUAGGAGUGUUUUCCAAUGCAAGUGCUUUCUCUGUUUUGGGGAAUAGUAGGCUUUGUGGGGGUUUAGAUGAACUGCGUUUACAUAGAUGCGAAGAGACAAAGAAACAUGGACAAAUGUGCCGUUUGUUCAUAAUAGUCAUUUUAGCUACAUUAACUCUGUUUUGCAUAUUAUGUUUUUUGUAUGCUUGGUGUAAGAAAAAAAACAAUAGACAAUUGUCUCAAUCAUCAAAUGAUGAAAGAUUCUUAAAGCUUUCAUAUAAUCAACUUCUUAAGGCUACCGACGGCUUCUCUGAAGCCAAUUUAAUUGGCAAGGGUGGGUUCAGCUCUGUUUAUAAAGGAACCCUUGAACAUGAUGACAAAAUUAUCGCAGUCAAAGUUCUACAUCUUCAAAUUCGAGGAGCGUACAGAAGCUUUAUAGCAGAGUGUGAAGCGUGGCGGAAAAUUCGACACCGAAACCUGAUGAAGAUAAUAACUUCAUGUUCAAGUGUUGACUUUCAAGGCAAUGACUUUAAGGCUAUUGUUUACGAGUUCAUGCCCAAUGGGAGUUUACAUGAUUGGUUGCAUUCAAGUGAACGUGCAUCCAGACUCGGCCUUCUUCAAAGAGUAAAUAUUCUCAUUGACGUCGCAUAUGCACUUGAUUAUCUUCAUAACCAGUGUUUGACAAGCAUUGCUCAUGGAGACCUGAAGCCUAGCAAUAUUCUACUUGAUAAUGAUAUGGUGGCCCAUGUUGGAGACUUUGGUUUGGCGAGAUUUCUUGGAACAAGUUCAAACCAACAUAGCUCAACCGGUGUUAAAGGAACAAUUGGAUAUGCACCGCCAGAGUAUGGUCUAGGGAGUGAGAUUACUAGUAUUGGAGAUGUCUACAGUUUUGGAAUAUUAUUACUAGAGGUCAUGACUCGGAAAAAGCCGACAGAUGACAUCUUUGAUGAAGGGCUUAGCCUUCACAAAUUUGUUUGUGCAGCCUUGCCAGACAAUGUAAUUGAUGUUAUUGAUGAGGGUGCAAUUGUUAUGCACAGUACCGAAGCAAAUGCACAAAAAAUGGAAGAAUGUUUGGCUUCAAUUUUGAAGAUUGGAAUAUCAUGCUCUGUCGAUGCUCCAUCACAACGGAUGAAUAUCAAGAUUGUUGUCCAGGAGUUGGUGCAUACUCUGGAUACUAUUCAGAGUCUUUGAGGUACCAUGUUCUCUUCUUUUACUUAUCAUGUUAGAGAACCUCCAGAACCAGUUCUCUUUGAGGUACCAUGUCCAGGAGUUGGUGCAUAUUCUGGAUACUAUUCUGGCUUCAAUUUUGAAGAUUGGAAUAUCAUGCUCCAUCACAACGGAUGAAUAUCAAGAUACUUCAUUUUGUUCUCUGUCUGCACUCUCUCAUGUUUAUCACCAAGCUUCCAUGGGAAAGUGGAAAAAGCUGCAAGGAGUGGCAUAUGCAAGAGUUAAAUAACUGUUACUUUUUCAUUAGUGUUUAUGAAUCUGAUUUAUUUACCGCGUUACGUAAGUGUGUGAGUUUCGUGUUGUAAUAAAUGAAGUAAUAUUUGUAUUGUUUGAAAAAUAUGAACUGACUGUAACCAUUGCAAAAAAGUGCUCUUGGAGAAUAGUACCAAUUCGAUCU